GUUUUAUUAGCUCCGUCGACUACAUAAAAAUUGAGCUCUAUAUUCGCCGGAAAUAAUGGAAUCCGAUGCCGGGUCUGUCUCCGAUUCCGGCAGCAUGCCGCGCAAAGUUAUUGCAGUUGCCGCCGGUGAAGCUCAUACUUUAGCUCUCUCUGGGGAUGGGUACGUGUAUUCAUGGGGCAGAGGAAUGUUUGGACGGCUUGGGACUGGGUCAGAAUCCGACGAACUUUUCCCGGUACGGGUCAAGUUCCAGGACUCGGAGCUUAAGUUCAUGGCUGUCGCUGCUGGCGCUUAUCACAAUCUUGCUCUUGCAGAUGAUGGAUCAGUUUGGUCAUGGGGUUAUAAUACAUAUGGCCAACUUGGUAUGCACGGGGAGACUUCUUUGGCACCUCAAUUGAUGGAGCGGUUCCUCGAAUUGGGCUCCCCUGGUCAAUCAAAAGCCAAUUUAGAGUUGGACUCAGAGAGGAAGAGUAAAACAUCGUUGAAGAUUUGUGCAGUGAAAGCUGGGGGGAUGAUGUCGCUUGCUGUAGAUAAUCUUGGAGCCCUUUGGAUGUGGGGCAAUUGUCCACAGGAGAAUAGCAAUGAGAAUGGAAGCUUGACAUUUGUGAGUUGUUUUACUCCGAUUCCUGUUUGGGAUUUCCACGGCUAUACUGUUGUCAAUGUUGCGUGCGGAAACGAGCAUGUUGUAGCCUUAGUCAGUGCUGGAGAAAAGCAUGAAGGUGAUGAUCUCGUAUGCUACACUUGGGGUGGCAAUAGCCGCGGUCAGUUAGGCUUAGGAGAUACAGAGGACAGGGUCCGGCCUGAAAUGAUUGGAACAUUUAACCAGGACUUUCAAUGGACAGUUUACGAGGUAGCAUGUGGUGCCUUCCACACAGCUUUGCUUACUCGCAAAAAGAGACCAAGUGACACAGUUGAGAGUAUGUGUUGGACGUUUGGCCUUGGCGACAGGGGGCAACUUGGGCAUGGAACCACCCAAACUGCCUUGGUUCCUGAACCUGUGAAAGAGUUACCACAGCCCAUAUAUCUUGUUUCUGUUGACUGCGGAUUGUUCCACACUAGUGUUGUUUCAUCAGCCGGAGAUGUGUGGUCAUGGGGAAUGGAAAAGGGUCUAGGGCUAUGCCCCGAUCCUAGUUUUACAGGAACAGAUUCAGGAGAUGCGAUUUCUCCCCUGCGGAUAUCGGAUGAUGGAGUACAUGGACCUAAAUUUAAUGAUCCGGUCCAAGUAUCUUGUGGAGCUGCACAUACUGUUCUUGUUGCACAUGAUGGAUACAAGUUAUGGUCCUGGGGCAGGGGAAGGAGUGGAGUUCUUGGAAAUGGCAAAACCGUUGACUGCUUCGCCCCAUCAGUUGUGCUAUGGCCCCCACUGAACGAGGAAUUCAAACAAGAAGAGCUGAACCAGCCAGAUAAAACUGUUGAUAAGAAGGGUUCUGAUGGAGACUCAGAGAUGGAGAAGAAGUUAUCUAUGGCCAUGGAAGAGAUGAAACUCCUACAAUCAAAACUUUCCACCAUGGAACGUUAUGCAAGCAUACUUCACGGUUCAAUCUUUGGUAAGCCUUUCGAAGAGGAAGAUAUCCCGAAUUCAUUGCAGAGCUCUGGCACUUUUGAUAUUGCAGGGGAAUGGGAAAGAAUGUUGGAGUCAGCAGAUCGUAGCAAGCUUGUUAGGCUGGAAAUGUUCUAUCAAAACAUGCUCGCGGGUGUAAAGGAUAAGAUGAUGAAGAAAAGGAUCCAGGAGAUAAUAAAGGAGUAUCUUCCUUCUUCAACGCAAGGAAAAUAGUAUGGUAACAUCGUUUU